CGCAGGCGCAGUGGUCCCCAGCCAGCUUGCGCGCGCAGCUUCUGCAGGACUAUCUUCUAGAAGCUCAUUGCGGUAGCGUUGGUCCUGGCUGCGGGCUCUGAUGCAGUUUCUGCAAGGCCAUAAACUGAAUCCUUGGAAUCGUGAUAUUGGCUGUGUGUAGUGCCUGUCGGUGAACUGUACUGAUACUCCACUGGAGUCUGAAGGGGACUGAAUUCUUGCUGGUGACACGCUUUGCAAGCCACAGCACCAUACCUGAACAACAUGACGGCCAUUCCCCCAGAGCCUCAAACUCUGGUCUCAGAUGAAGACAUCAAGGUCAUAAUAAUGGAUACACUUGGGGAUGAAGAAGCGACCCCGAGAGGAGACGAUGUUGACCCAGAGUCUUUCAGACAGAGGUUUAGGUGGUUUUGUUAUUCAGAUGAGGCUGGGCCCAGAAAAGCCCUGAAUCAACUCUGGGAGCUCUGCGUUCAGUGGCUGAGACCAGACAUCCACACGAAAGAACAGAUUUUAGAGCUUUUGGUGUUUGAGCAAUUCCUGACCAUUUUGCCUGGGGAGAUCAGGAUUUGGGUCAAGUCACAACAUCCUGAGAAUAGUGAGGAAGUGGUAACCUUAAUAGAGGAUUUGACCCAAACGCUUGAAGAAAAAGAAGAUCCAGUUUCUCAAGAUUCUGUUAUUUCUCAAGAGGAGAGCCCUGAAGAAGAUAGAACAGUUUCUGUCCUUCCAAAUACUGAGUCUGGGGAAUCCAUGACGCUCGAGGAUAUAUCUGUGAACUUUUCCAGAGGAGAGUGGAGGAAGCUGGAACCUUUUCAAAGGCAGCUAUAUAGGGACGUGCUGCUGGAGAACUUUAGGAACCUGGAAUUUGUGGGCUUUCCAGUUUCCAAACUAGACUUGGUUUCCCAGCUCAAGUGGGUUGACCUGCCCCGGCUACUGGAAAAAGAGGUCUCAAAAGGCUCCAGACCAGAGUGUGAACCUAGAGGUGAUCUGAAGAAAUCUGUUCAAAAUCAAGAUGCUCUUGUGGAUGAAUCGACUUUAGAUAAGAUAAUAGAGAGGUACCUCAUAGGUGGCGAUGAUGGCUUGACGGGAGAAUCUUCGAAACGUGGUAGACUAGAGGGGGACCGCAGCAGUAGGGAACGUUCACAAGUAGCAGGCUCACUAAAGAAAACUCACAAGAGAAGCUCUAAGGGUGAGGAAACUGACCCAGACAAGGGAAGUAGUUUCAAGAACACUUCGGAUAUAGUUAAACACGUGAGAGCCUACUUAAAGAAGAAGUCCCGGAAGUAUAACGAAAGCAAGAAACGCUUCAGUUUUCAUUCAGACCUGAUGACGAACCGCAAAGAGCACAUUGGAGAAAAGCCACGGAAACGUAGGGAACGCAGGAAAGUUCUAAGUCACUCUUCAUCACGUCCUGAACAUCAGAAACAUCAGAAAAUUUACAUGGGGACCAAGCCCCAGAAGUGCACUAACUGCGGGAUAGACUUCACUCAAAGCUUAUCCCUUGUUAAGAGAAGAAAAACCCCUAUAUGUGAGAAAUGUUGGAAAUAUGAAUGUCGGGAAAACGAAAGUCAGGAUGAAACCUCGAAGAAAGAUGAGGGAGUAGAGACUGCAGAGAAAACCCAUAAAUGCAGCAAAUGUGGGAAAGCCUUCGGCUAUAGUGCCUCCCUGAGCAAACAUCAGAGAGCGCACACUGGGGAAAAGCCCUAUCUGUGCGACGAAUGUGGAAAGUCCUUUAGUGACAGUUCAUCCCUGACGCCACAUCACAGGCCCCACAGCGGUGAGAAGCCCUUCAAAUGCGAUGACUGUGGGAAAACGUUCACCCUCGCUGCCCACCUCAUUAAACAUCAGAGAACUCAUACUGGAGAAAAGCCCUACAAGUGCAAAGAAUGUGGGAGACCCUUCAGUGACAGUUCAUCUCUAAUUCAACAUCAGCGAAUUCAUACUGGAGAGAAGCCCUACACGUGCAACAAUUGUGGGAAAUCCUUCAGUCAUAGCUCAUCGCUGUCCAAGCACCAGAGGAUCCAUACUGGAGAGAAGCCCUACAAAUGUGGCGAAUGUGGAAAAGCCUUCCGACAGAACUCUUGCCUCACCCGGCAUCAGAGAAUUCACACUGGAGAAAAACCGUACUUAUGUAAUGAUUGUGGAAUGACCUUUAGCCAUUUUACCUCUGUCAUUUACCAUCAGAGACUCCAUUCAGGAGAGAAACCCUACAAAUGCAGUCAGUGUGAGAAAGCCUUCCCUACCCAUUCGCUCCUCAGCCGUCAUCAGAGAAUUCACACUGGAGUAAAACCAUAUAAAUGUAAAGAAUGUGGAAAAUCCUUCAGUCAGAGCUCCUCUCUGAAUGAGCAUCAUCGGAUCCAUACCGGAGAGAAACCCUACGAGUGUGACUAUUGCGGAGCAACCUUCAGUCGCAGCUCGAUCCUUGUAGAGCACCUAAAAAUUCACACUGGAAGAAAAGAAUAUGAAUGUAAAGAAUGUGAAAAGACAUUUAAAAGUAAUUCGGGCCUCCUCCGACAUCGGGGAUUUCACUCUGGAGAUUAAUUCUCAGGCUACAGUAAAGUGGGGGGAAAUGUAAUCAAAACUGUCCCUUAUUAGAGACCCGGAUGUAAAUUCGCACCACAUUGAUUAGUUGCUGCAACUUCGAUGGGUUGUCAGCUAGGAAGAACGGACUUUUCCCCAUUCACCUUUCUCUGCAAGGACGGUAACUUUUGGGAGAUGGUCAUUAGGGCUGGUAAAGUCAUGUGGAAAGUGAAAAUAGUAUGAGAUGUAAAGUGACUGUAAAAGGCUAAAUAUGAAUGUAAAAGGCAGGGAGGUGUGCCCAAGACCCACCCUUUUAACCUCUUCGGAAGAUUUCCCUCUCGUCUGGCGUCCCCUUGCACUGCCAUACGGUGCAAUAGAGAACUUGAUUGUGGUCAUACAUCACCUGCAUUCUGUCCCAGUUUGCCAGCCAGGCCGCUCUGUCACCUUGGGCAAGUUUGACCUUCCUGAAUUUCAGUUUCUGAACUGGCAGAACAAAAGGUUGGGAUUGAUCAUUUCUGGGGGCGGGGCGGGGGGGAGGUUUGUUUUGUUUGUGGGGUUUUUUUUUUGUACCUCAUUUUCUGAAGCUGUGGAAAUAAGUCAAACAUUUUUGAUUCAUUGGAACUUUCAAGUUUCUGUAGUAGCAAAUCACUCAUUUAGAAUGCUGAACUUCUGGCUUCAUGAGACUAGUGUCCUCUUUGAAGACUGGAUGCCUUGACUACUUGAAUACUUGAUGCUGGAAUGCUGCAAACAGGAACAAGUCAGUGAAGCUGAAACAAGUUUGCCUUCAGGGAAUGUUUUCACUGGACAGAGCACCCCAACCUGGUUUUCCUUGGGCAUUGGCUGAGAGCAUUGAGAUUCUAGAGGGCGUGCACCUGAGCCAGCUCAGACAAGAGAGUGACAGUCCUAGGAAAAUGGAUUGGGGGGUGGGGAUGGGGGUGGGGUGGGAGGAAAUGGGUGCUGAAACAGCUAUUCUGGAUGGGUUGCCUUUUGCAACGUAGAAUUAUAUUUUUCUAAAAUGUUGCCUAUUAGCUAAGUGCAGCUUCCUGUAAUUGGAGUGUAAACCUUCUGUAUGGCAAAGGUCACAAGCUAAAGUUGGGCCCUUUGACAUGUUUUAGUUGGUCUGCAGGGUAAGGUUGUGUGUGUGUGUGUGUGUGCGUGUGUGUGUGUAAUUAGUUGUCACCAUUUAAAAGACAGGAAAUUUCAUACCAAAAAAAAGGCUUGUCUUGAAAAAUAAAAGGGAUGACAACACUAGGCCCAGGCUUCAGUGGGACAGCCAGGUGGUUUGGGGCCGCAGCUGCUACCUUUAACAGGGAAUCUACUACUUGCCAAGUUCUCUGUUAUGUAACCUGACUUGCCCACUGUAGGAAUUUGAUAUUCUGACCCCCUACCACCUGGAGAAUGCAUGUUCUGAAAUCGAAAGCCACCCUAUUGAUAGUCAGUAAAAUUCAGGAGAGGGAAUUAGAAAUGAUAACACGAAAUUUUCACUUAAGUUUUCUGUUGUGAGAUUAGACCUCAAGAGAAUAGAAGAUACAGAUAUUAGUGGGUUUUUCCUUAUUAAUUUCAUUGGCGGAGUCAGAAUAAUAGUUU